AUGGUAAGCAACAUCAGUAAAAGUACUCUUCGUACUUUCUUGCUUCUCAUUCUAACUGUAACAAUUGCAUCAACUUUUGAGUUUGGUGAGCUAAUGUAUGGUGAUAAUGAAUUACAAGGAGCAUGGAAACGAAGUAAUGCAGAGCUUAUCAAUGGAUUAAUUGGGAUGGAUUUGGGAAAGUUAGCAAAAGCUGGUAAAAGGAGCCGCACAUCAUCGAUGAUAACAAAUGAUGAAAAUAUCAACAAUGAUAUUCGAUUUAAAAUGAAUUUGAAAAAAUUAUUAUCAAAUCAGCGUCACUACUAA